AUGGCGCCGCCCACCUCCCCCGCCGCCGUCGCCGCGGCCGCCCGCGCGGCUCCCACGCCCGCCGCGGCUCUCGCGCUCUUCAGAUCGGCGCUGUCCGCCGACCUGACGCUCUCCCCGCUCGCCGUGCUCCCGCACCUGACCGCCGCCACCCCCUCGCUGCCCCACCUGCUCCUCUCCGCCUCCAUCACCGGGCGCCCAUACACCACCUCGCUCAGCCUCUACUCGCGGCUCAAGUCCCUCUCCUUCCCCAUCCCCACCGCCACGCUCCACCCGCUCCUCUCCUCCCUGCCCCCCAAAUCCGCCUUCGCGCUCUUCGCCGACAUCUUCCGCCUCCGCCUCCCGCUCUCCACCACCACCUUCAACAUCAUGCUGCGCCACCUCUGCUCCGAUGCCAAGCCCGUCCGCGCGCUGCAGCUCCUCCGGCAGAUGCCGCACGCCAACGCCGUCACAUACAACACCGUCAUCGCCGGGUUCUGCGCCCGCGGCCGCGUCCAGGCGGGGCUGGAGGUCAUGCGGGAGAUGCGGGAGCGCGGCGGUCUCGCCCCUGACAAGUACACGUACGCCACGGUGAUCUCCGGUUGGUGCAAGGUCGGCAAGGUCGAGGAGGCAGCCAAGGUGUUCGACGAAAUGCUGACUGGGGGAGAAGUCCAGCCAACUGCCGUGAUGUACAACGCAUUGAUAGGCGCAUACUGUGACAAUGGGAAUCUGGAGGUUGCGCUGCAGUACCGGGAGGAUAUGGUAGAGAGGGGGGUUCCCAUGACAGUCUCGACAUACAAUCAGUUUGUGCAUGGGUUGUUCAUGGAAGGGCGUGCUGCGGAGGCAUAUGAAUUGGUUGAGGAGAUGCGUGGAACGGGUCUUGCACCAGAUGCGUUCACCUACAACAUAUUGAUCAACGGGUACUGCAAAGAGGGCAAGGAGAAGAAAGCGCUGAAGAUGUUUGAAGAUAUGGCCCAGAAAGGGAUCCGUGCAACAGUGGUGACCUACACUUCAUUGAUAUAUGCCUUGUCCAAGAAGGGGAUGGUUAAGGAGACAGAUAUGCUAUUUGAUGAGGCUGUGAGAAGAGGCAUCAGACCUGACCUUGUCAUGUACAAUGCCCUGAUCAAUAGCCACUGCACUGGUGGAGAUAUGGAUCGGGCAUUUGAGAUCAUGGGACAAAUGGAGAAGAAGAGGAUCACUCCGGAUGAUGUGACAUACAAUACUCUUAUGAGGGGGUUGUGCCUGCUGGGGCGUCUUGAUGAAGCACGGGAGCUCAUUGAGAAGAUGACAAAGCGGGGUAUCAAGCCUGACCUUGUCAGUUACAACACGCUGAUCAGUGGCUACAGCAUGAAGGGUGACAUCAAGGAUGCUGUGAAGGUUCGGGAUGAGAUGAUAAAUAAGGGGUUCAACCCAACGCUUUUGACAUAUAAUGCAAUGAUACGAGGGCUCUGCAAGAAUGGCCAGGGAGACGAUGCCGAGGAACUGGUGAAAGAAAUGGUGGGCAAUGGCAUCACCCCUGAUGACAGCACAUAUAUUUCACUGAUUGAGGGACUUACCACUGAGGACGAGAGGCUGGCUGCAGGAGAGGCUGUAAAAGCAUGAGCAUAUGAGGAAGCAGAAGCAUGGGUGUUUGUAGGAAGCAGAGAUGCAUGUUUUGUGCAGACAAGACCAAUCCUGAAAUGCGCAUAACUGUUGCCUUUUCAGCUGGCACCGGCAUGCAAUACUUGCAGGAGUUAUAAAUCAUCAUUUUGAAGACGACUGGCGUGUGGGCUGUUCGCAAUGUGGAUCAGCUAACUCCUUUGUCAAGUUAUAGCUUUGCUAACAGUUGAAUGUUUUCUCAACUAUAAACACAGUUGAUGGUGACAUGGUAUUUUACAAAGAUGAGAAGUAGCGUGGUUGAGGUUUUUUUUAAAGAUUAUACGAAAUAGUUAUGAUGAAGAGAGAUUGGAUCUUGUAGCCUGGUUAGAUGGGGACUCAAGUUUCUUUUUAUUUGGAGGUUAUGCUACUCUUGUGCUUGAUAGAAAUAGGGAUGUUACCUGCAAGGAUAAGUGGAUUCUGUAAUACAGUACUAUGACAUGGUACCGAAAUGCUAGUCAAGGUCUACACAUAAAUGAGUUUCAGAACUUAUUGCUA